AUGCACUUAAACAAAUCAACACUUGAAAAGCGUGCUCGUAAAUUCGGUAAAUUAAUAAAUCAAAUAUUUCAAUUUCAAGCAACACAAUUUUAUCAUAAAAACGAUCAAGUAGUUUUAAAAGCAUUAGAGUUUUCAGUUAAUGAACAUAAUUUUCGUGUCGAUUUUAAUAAAGAGAAAGAAAAUUAUCUAGCAAUAGUACAAGCAAUUGAUCAGGGGCAAAUUUCACGAGAUGCUUAUUGA